CUGGCGGAGUCAGAUGGCUUCUGAAUUUUCUCAGAUAUUAAUGUUGAUUCACAUGAUAUCGGGACGAAGAAUCAAAGUGGUUUGCUAAACAAGUUAUUCCGCUUCCAGUGGUCCAGCGGAGCAGUCAUCUCAUCGAUCUGUGAGCAAAGUGACGAUCCUGCUGCUUGAAAUGAGUGCAAUUUUAUAUUGGAGCUGCACAUGGAGCUUACUUUUGGCUGGCAUUGCAGCUGAUAUCUUAGAUUGCGACUUCUUUGAUACGGUCGACCUAACGCACAGUUUCAAGUUUGAAAAUGGAUCAUAUAGGUACGAGGAUGUCAUCAUACCUGCCAGACUUACAGGAGCGUAUGACUAUAGGAUCCUAUAUGGUGGAUCCAGGGAGAAGGUUCCCAAUCACAUCAGAGGAUGUAUUUGCAAGCUAAAGCCAUGUAUUCGUCUCUGUUGCCAUCAUAAAAAACUAAUGAAUAGUACAGAGUGUUCCAAUUAUGUAGACGAGGAGCUGACCUACAAUUAUGCCCUAAAUAUAACUCUGCGAACUGGAAAAAUGGCUAGCAAACACAUCAUGAAUGAAAUGAUCAUCCAGCAGGAUUUACCAAUGCCGUGCCAAAUUCAUUAUCAUCUGGAUGCAGAACUAUACACAGAAGACAUGUGGACCUUAUUUGAAAAUGGAACCCUGCUGCGUCAUUAUGAUAAUGCGUUUCUCUCCAAGCAGGAUUACUGCUUCCAGCCCCGAAAGUCGGAGUCUGGUGAAAGUUACUCAGUUGUGCCCUACAACUGCGUCAUCCAGCCUUCGAUGACAAUGGCUUAUGUCAAACUAGCGUCCGUGGUAUUUAUGGCCAUGACAAUUGGCACCUAUUUGUGGCUUCCCUUGUUUCAUACCAUCCAUGGCCAGUGCUGCACCCUUUACUUCUUGAGCCUCAUGGUUACGUUUCUUCUGAAUGUAGCCAGUACGUUUGGAGUAUUUAUGGAUGAUUUAAUGUGCCUAGUAAAUGGAUACGCUGGAUACUACGCAGCGAUGGCCACUUUUCUAUGGCUUUCCGUGAUUAGUUUUGAUGUCUGGAGAAGAUUUGGCUUGCAUCCGCAUCGAGAAUUCUGCAGAAGCAUUGGAAAUACUUUCCUUUACUACAAUCUUAUCGUUUGGAGCAGUGCUGGCAUCCUAACAUUGGUUAUCCUUGUAGUAGAUCAACUUUUUCCAUAUUCCAGCGACUGUGUUUCAAAUUUUGUGCCAGCUGUGGGCGUGACUUCCUGCUGGAUCCUGACCGAUGGCUGGUCGGGGAUGGUUUACAUUUAUGGCCCGAUCUGCAUUUUUAUUUUAUUCAACGUUACUAUGUUCUAUUUAACAAUACGAAACAUUCAUGUGGAGAAAAAACUGAGACCAAAAGUCAGUAGAAAUUACGAAGAUAAAGCAAAAUCGAGAAACCUUGCUAGUUUCGGCCUAUAUGUGUACCUUUUCGUAAUUAUGGGUGGAUGCUGGAUUCUGGAUAUAAUGGCGUUUAUAUGCGAAACACAAAAGAUUUUUAAACAAUUUACCAACGCGAAUGACCUGAUCAACUGCAGUCAAGGCAUUAUCAUAUUUCUUCUAACAAUUUGCAAAAAGGAGGUACUCAAAACUAUAAGGGACCGAAUACAACCCAUUCGCACUAGUGGCAUUGAAUUUGAAACUUGCACAAUGACGCAGGACUGUCACCUUAUGCAGCAAAUAAAUUAAUUAAAUUUUUAUAUAUUACUAUAUAACUUGUUUGCUUAUCAGUCCGCUUUGGUUCUCUCAA